AUGAACGAUCCUCCUGACCCAGGGGGAUCAGUUCCCCCUGUUUUUGAUGAGUCUAUCAGCUCUCCUGGACAGUCUUCUCCUUCAGUAGGAUUUUAUGUGACGGUAACAAACGAUACAGAUUCCGAAAAUUCAUUUACUGCUCCCCCCACUCUCAAACGUAGUCACAAGAAAAGAAAACUUCAUGGACAGGAAAAGAAAAAGGUUGAUGGUCGUAUGAGUAACCCUGAUGACAAAACUACAGUAGAUCCUCCUACUCCCACUCCUAUUGACCAGGAUUUGCCAAAUUCGGGCUCUGCUCCCGUCACUAUUGGACGCAAGUUCUACAAUAACUCUGAUACGGCUCCAUACGUUGUCCACGUUCAGCGUAAUCAAUCGUCUCCCAGUGACGGCGUUUAUUUGCAUCCGGUAACUUUUGGGAACUUUCUAAAGAGACAUAAUUUUCACAACAUUAUUGAUGGAAGCGUCAAGAGAAUCGGACGAAACAAAUGUUCAGUCUCAUUUUCAGACUUCUCUCAGGCUAACUCAUUUAUGAGUCAUCCUAAACUGGACUCUAAUGAUUUCAAGGCUUUUAUCCCUACAUUCAACGUCACUAGAAUGGGACUUGUUCGUGGUGUUCCUGCUGAAUGGUCCCCCGAAGAAGUCAUAGAAAACAUGUCAGUUCCAGUAGGAUCGGUACAACACGAGCGAGCCCCGCGACCGGCCAUGCCUUCAUCGCACCACCAGUUGACCCUUCAGAAGUUGGGCUACAGCUUCAACCGCCAGCAAGCCUUCUUCCCCUCCCCCACCCCUCUCACCUUCGCCGGCUUCCCCCAUCUCGCGUACAGCAGCAUUCCACACGCACCCGAUUCACUCCCCCCUACCCACUUACACGGAUCUUUUCUAGAAAGCCCGACAUUCCAAGACUUUUCCUCCCGACAACCUGAUGCCGUCGCAGAGGCUAUGCCACAAAUGCACCCGCUUCUCGGAACUCAAAUCGGCCCGCUAACGGCUCUCAAUCCGUUCAAGAUGCCGCUAUUCUCCACGCCACUACACUACCCGGUACCCCAUCCAGGCUACUUCCACUCCAACAUAUUUUAUCCUCCCGUUGUGACGUCGGAAAGCUCAACAAUCGAAGCCCAGACUUCUAGUAAUCCGUUACAAGAUGGAUUGAGCCCAUCUAAAUAUUCAUCACGCAUAGAAAAUACAAAUAAACCCGAUUCACAACUACAAGAACGAAUUAAAGAAGAUGAAGUGUCUAGUUCAGAGGAAGCGUGUAGAACAGAAUGCUCCACUGACGACAUCAGUAAAGCUGAUUCCAGGAACCACCCUUUACACUCUCCAAAUAAUUUUGAACCGCCGGUAUAUGUAGUGCCAAGAAAUUUGGAAAAGCACAGCUCACAGGCGACAAGCUACAAAAACCGUUCGGAACAUAAUCCCAGAGACCGGCAGAAUAUAGUUCGCUUAGCAGAAAGCAUGCAAAAAUCAUCUGAAGAAAUCGAUAACUUUGAAGGGAAAAUGCGAAAAACAAACCUAGACUAUUUGUGUUACACGUCCGACGAUGUGUACGACCCAGCAGCGAAAGUGUUGGUGCUCACAAUAAAAUGGUUGCACGGAGUUUCGUCUUUUGUGCAAAUGAAGAACACGGAACAGUUAUGUUUGUUACAUAAUUAUUGGAAAGAAUUGUUCAUCCUUACGGCAGCACAACAUUCCUUCCGCCUUGAUGAAGAUAUAAUGGCUCUGCAUGUACACUAUAAACGCCAAAAUACUCAAGAUGAUUUUAAGAAAUUAACUACUCUAUUAAAACGAAUAUCGCAUUGCAAAUUAGACAAAUCAGAAUAUGACUGGCUGAAAUCUGCUCUGCUCUUUCGCACAGAUAACGUGGAUAGCCCUACCUCGCCUCAAAUUGAAAUGCUGCAAGAGCAAACUUUACUUCUUCUCCAAAAGCACUGCUCAGCAAAGGACGCGCGCCGCCUGGGGCGUAUCAUGCUACUAUUGCCCAGCAUAUGCUCGCUGGCCAGCCAAGGGGUCCUAGAAAACUUGCUCUUCCCUUCUACCCCUGUUGAAGAAAUCCACAUGACGCUGUCCAGAAUUUUCAUGUACACUUCUCCCUAACACAUUCGUUGUACCUAUAUAUCACUUAUUGCUUUAGCAGGCCUUUACUAUUUAUUUGUUAAUUUUUAAUCCGAAAUAAUAAAACGGUUAUAUUAUCUGUGGUAAUAGAUAGUUAAUUAAACUUUUCUUUCCAUUUUCGUCACAUAAAAAAAGUAAAGCAUUGGAGGAAAAAUUAGAUAGGGUGGGUGUACCAGUAGAUAACAAACCGAAUAAGUAAGCGACAUUUUAAAAUUAAUUUUGAUAUCAUUGCAAAAAAUGAAUUAACUACUCCUUGUCUAUCAUAGAAUCAAGUAGCUUAUUCCAAUUUUCUUAAUAACUGUAAGGUUUAUUUUUAUUCAACAAUCAAUAUGGAAAGUCGCAAUGUGCCUAAGGUUGACCAGAUCGUACCAAGUCGUGUUAGUCGCUUUUAUUUAUGACUAAUGAUUGGUAGAAGUACGGCAGUGCUACCAAACUUAACAAAAGUGGCGGGAAAUUCGACAGAUUGUUAAUAUUUUGAUGUGAAAUUAGAAAUGGUGUACUACUGGUUCCUGGUGUGGGACUGGUGCACCCACCCUACUUACCUUUCUGAAUACAAUUCAAAAAUCAAACAAUAGUACCUACUUGGAUAUUUCAUCUGGUCAACUAUGUUGUGUUGUGCAGCACAACACAGUUGACUAUAUUAAUAAACUUCUUAACACAACUUGCGCUCUAUGUAGUUUAGGUCAAUAGCAUGGAAGUAUCAAAUACCUAACAUAAAGUAAUUAAAUUCAUAAUUUCUAAAGCCGCACUUGUUCGUACUUCGAUUACUUAAAAUAACUGUGCCACUCGUAAUGUGGUAAAUUCGUAGUCAUAGAAAAAUUACUUAGCAUAGACAUACCUACAACUGGAUAUUGGGUGCAAUUGUAAUCUCUAAAAAAUACCAAUUACAAUGUACAGAAAUGUCUAUUAACCUAAUAAAUUUUGCAAGCGACUAAUCCGUGAUUUUCCUAUAAUACAAACCGUUUUUGUAUUUAAAAAGAAAAAUUCUUUAAAAAAACCCUUGCCCUAAAAAUUACAAACAACAAAACCUCGGGUGUAGACACUUGUAAACAGCUACCAUGUAAAAACACCUUUAUGUUAUUUUACCUGUACUAAAGUGAUGCUUUAUCAUACUUGUAGGUAGAAUUAAUUAUUGAAAUAAAUAAAUGCAAUUACAAUUACUUACUUUAGUAAUGUCAUGGAACUUGCUCAAAU